CUCCUUUCUGUUUCGCUCAUCAAUGUCAGGUUUCGACGGAAAUCAUGUGUUCACCGUCUCGGUCCACGACCCACCAGCCGUUGCGUCUCCUGACUCUCCAUCCCAAACCGAGAAACUCUUGUUAGAGUUUUUGUUGCAAUAUCGCGUCGGAGGCGAAUUCAUCUACAGAGACCAGCUUCGUGCAAACUUGCUCCUUAAGCAAUACCAGCUGGAGGUCGAUCUUCGUCACGUUGGUCUGUAUAAUGAUGAGCUAGCGCAUGCAAUUCAGGAUAGACCGGCAGAUAUCUUGCCGCUGUUUGAGAACGCGGCUACUAAAGCGGCUCGUACUAUCCUAUUCCCGCUAGCUGGUGGCUCUGAUGAACGCGCAGAGGCUGCUCUCCAAUCAAUCCCCAGAGUCCACAUCACCAUCAAAUCUGGCCUCCAGAUGCAACGUGUUCGCGACUUGACUGCAAAUACGAUGAACAAGCUGGUCCGUAUACCGGGAAUUGUUAUUUCCGCCUCUGUCCUUUCCUCGCGAGCAACAAAGCUUCAUCUUCAAUGUCGUGCUUGCCGGUCCACAAAAGUUAUUUACCCCGCUGGCGGCCUUGGCGGAAUAGGCAAUGGCUCGGAUCGUGGCCUACCAAGAGUCUGUGAUGCACCAGAGCUGGAGAACCAGAAGAAGGAUUGUCCACUGGACCCCUACAUCAUCGUUCACUCAAAGUCGGCCUUUGUUGACCAGCAGACUCUGAAACUGCAAGAGGCGCCAGAUAUGGUUCCAGUCGGUGAACUUCCACGACACAUGCUCCUCUCUGCAGACCGAUACCUAACGGGCAAGGUCGUACCUGGCUCACGAAUAGUCGCGACUGGAAUUUAUUCUACUUUCAAUUCGGCAAAGAACAAAUCUGCCGGCCCUGCUGCACUUCGACAACCUUAUCUUCGCCUUAUUCACAUCGAAAUGUCUUCGCCGACUGCCGGCGGGGGCGCCUCAAAUCCUUUUGGAGUGCAAUUCACUCCUGAAGAGGAGGAAGAAUUUGGCGAAAUGGCACGCAGCGAUGGUUUCUAUGAAACUUUUGCUAAGAGUGUUGGUCCAAGUAUUUAUGGCAGCCUUGACAUCAAGAAGGCGAUUACAUGUCUGCUUUUCGGUGGCUCUAAGAAGGUCUUACCAGACGGUAUGCGGUUGAGAGGCGAUAUCAAUGUUCUUUUGCUCGGAGAUCCAGGGACAGCAAAGAGUCAACUGCUCAAGUUUGUCGAGAAGGUUGCACCGAUCGCCGUGUACACCUCUGGAAAGGGUUCUAGCGCAGCUGGAUUAACAGCUGUCGUCCAGCGUGAUGCAGUCUCUCGCGAGUUCUAUCUCGAGGGUGGUGCCAUGGUUCUCGCGGAUACUGGGGUUGUCUGUAUAGACGAAUUUGACAAAAUGCGCGAUGAAGAUCGGGUUGCCAUUCAUGAAGCUAUGGAGCAGCAAACCAUUUCGAUAGCGAAGGCUGGUAUCACGACGGUGCUCAACUCGCGGACAAGUGUCCUUGCAGCAGCAAAUCCAGUUUGGGGACGAUAUGACGAGGGUCGGAGCCCCGGCGAGAACAUCGACUUUCAAACAACCAUUUUGUCACGUUUUGAUAUGAUUUUCAUUGUCAAAGACGAGCACAACGAACAGCGAGAUCGUAUGAUUGCCAAGCACGUCAUGAACAUCCACAUGAACCGGCCGAAUCAGAGUACGGACGACAAUGGAGAAGCUGUUGGCGAAAUUGAUAUCGACAAAAUGAAGCGGUAUAUCUCGUAUUGCAAGAGCAAAUGCGCACCGCGGUUAUCUCCAGAUGCUCAAGAAAUGCUUAGCAGUCAUUUCGUCAGUCUUCGGAAGCAGGUUCAGCAAGUGGAACGCGACAACGACGAAAGGAGUUCAAUUCCGAUAACAGUUCGCCAACUAGAAGCCAUCAUCCGAAUAUCGGAAUCGCUUGCCAAGAUGACAUUAUCACCUACUGUUCAGAAUCAUCAUGUCGAGGAAGCCAUCCGGCUUUUCAAGUUCUCAACAAUGGACGCUGUCUCGGCUGGUUCCGUCGAUGGCAUGUCUCGUGGCGAGCUGAAUGACGAGAUGUCACGGAUAGAGAAGGAAUUGCGAAGACGUCUUCCCGUGGGCUGGAGCACGAGCUAUCAAAGUUUAGUAAGGGAAUUUGUGACGCAGCAGGGCUACUCGAAUCACGCACUGGAACGGACACUCUUCAUCCUUGAGAAGAGGGAAGUGAUACGAUUUUCUGGUCAGAAAAAGGUCGUGCAUCGGGUCGGUGUUUGACGUAUUGUACGAACGAUGUUAUCCAUUUGUUGUUUGCUUUGAAUGUCUGUAGAUAAAUAGUCUCCCCCAGUCAGACCUAUCGAAGGUAUUAUGUAGAUAUGUGGAUGCAACAUUUUUGUCCUUAGUCG